AUGAUCACAGAAGCGCCAGCAUUAUCAUCUCGAUAUGACAGUGAGCCCUGGAGUUUUGCAGAAAACAAGCAGUUUGAAGCAUGUAUAGCAGAAGGUUAUUUCGACAUCGAGGACGAGUCGACUCGGUGGUCUCUAAUCGCUCGUAAACUCGGAGGAAAGAGGACCGUAGCAGAUAUUGUAAAUCACUACAAUGAACUUGUCUAUGACGUCGAGUUGAUUGAAACCGGCCGAGUUCCGCUCCCGAGUUACACUAACUCGUAUAACUCGGACGAUGACGAGUUGGCUUCAUCAACGCCAUCGCCAAGACCCAUGAAGAAAAAUUAUUCUAUAUGGACCGAAGAUGAACAUAGGUUGUUUUUGGCUGGCUUGAAAAAAUUUAAAAAGAGUGAUUGGAAAAGCAUUUCAAGAGAAUUGGUGCCAACAAGGUCACCAACGCAAAUUGCUAGCCAUGCUCAAAAGUUUGUUUCUCGCAAUCAAGCAUCAAAUGACAAGAGACGAAAGAGAUCAAGCAUCCAUGAUAUUACUGAAAAUGAUGAUGAAGCAUUGCAAAAGCUCCACCAAAAAGGUCUACUUCCCACUUAUAUAUUUGAUGAGCUUCGGUCAAAGUCUCACGUCCAGCAACCACCAAAAAAAAUAGCAAAAGCAGCGCCUAAUAAUCAACAAAAUGAGAACGUCCAAAAUUAA